GCUCGGCGGCGCCGCGGCCACUGCGCGAGGCGACGCUGCGGCAGCGACUCCAGACAUGCUACUGCUCAAGAAGCAGACGGCGGACAUCAGCAGUGUCUACGAGCUCCGGGAGAAGCUCGGCUCGGGUGCCUUCUCUGAGGUGGUGCUGGCCCAGGAGCGGGGCUCUGCACACCUCGUGGCCCUCAAGUGCAUCCCCAAGAAUGCCCUCCGGGGCAAGGAAGCCCUGGUGGAGAAUGAGAUCGCCGUGCUCCGCAGGGUCAACCACCCCAACAUCGUGGCCCUGGAGGACGUCCACGAGAGCCCCUCCCACCUCUACCUGGCCAUGGAGCUGGUGACCGGGGGCGAGCUGUUUGACCGCAUCAUGGAGCGCGGCUCCUACACGGAGAAGGACGCCAGCCACCUGGUGGCUCAGGUCCUCGGCGCCGUCUCCUACCUGCACAGCCUGGGCAUCGUGCACCGCGACCUCAAGCCUGAAAACCUGCUCUAUGCCACACCCUUUGAGGAUUCCAAGAUCAUGGUCUCCGACUUUGGGCUCUCCAAAAUCCAGGCUGGCAACAUGCUGGGCACCGCCUGCGGGACCCCAGGCUAUGUGGCCCCGGAGCUCUUGGAGCAGAAACCCUACGGGAAGGCAGUAGACGUGUGGGCCCUGGGUGUCAUCUCCUACAUCCUGCUGUGUGGCUACCCCCCCUUCUACGACGAGAGCGAUCCCGAGCUCUUCAGCCAGAUCCUGCGGGCCAGCUACGAGUUUGACUCGCCCUUUUGGGAUGACAUCUCUGAAUCCGCCAAAGACUUCAUCCGGCACCUUCUGGAGCGUGACCCCCAGAAGCGGUUCACCUGCCAACAGGCCUUGCAGCAUCUUUGGAUCUCUGGGGACGCAGCUUUCGACAGGGACAUCCUGGGCUCUGUGAGUGAGCAGAUCCAGAAGAAUUUUGCCCGAACCCACUGGAAGCGGGCCUUCAACGCCACCUCGUUCCUGCGCCACAUCCGGAAGCUGGGCCAGAGCCCGGAGGGCGAGCAGGCCUCCCGGCAGACUCUGGCGUGCCACAGCCACCCCGGUCUCCUGACUGGCCAGCCCCCCAAGUGGUGA